ACCCUUGGCUUCCUCAGAGCUAGGCAGAGGAACCAGAAGGAAAAUCCACCUUCUCACACACAGCAAUACCAUCCACCUCACUCGACUACUUGUCAAGUUCACUACCAACACAAAGGGGGGUACAGAAAAUCAAAAAAGAAUGUCGAGUGAUGAUAAAAAUAAAUCUAGUGAACCUAAGAAUGAGCCCAAGAACUGUGAUCCCAGGUGUGAACAAAAGUGUGAAGCCAAAUGCCAGCCCAGCUGUUUAAAAAAGCUGCUGCAACGGUGCUCUGAAAAGUGCCCACGGGAAAAGUGCCCAACACCACAAAAGUGUCCACCGUGCCCCCCACCAUGUCCCCCACCGUGUCCUCCUCCAUGCCCAGCUCCCUUCCCCUCCAAGUCCUCUUCCAAGCCCUGUCCUCCUAAAUGCCCAUCUCCCUGCCCACCCCCAGAGUGAGGCACCAAGGGUACCACUCAUUCCAGAACCUCCAACAUCUCUACCAUGUUCACCAUCUUAUCCUGAAAGCUGAAGCCAUGAACUGACAAGUAAACGUGUUCCUCUGCUGCACAA